UUGAAUUAAGGCCCGCUGAUGCACUUGAAAAAUAUUGACAUGUACUCUAACUUGAAUCUUUUAAAAAUGUUUGUUGCUCUGAAGCCACAAGAGCAAAUAAAUUACAUGACAUUACAAAACAAUGCAGGCAAAAUUCGAUAAUUUCUAAAUUUGUGUUUGUAAAGCCGGGUAGAAACUGGUUUAUGUGUAUAAAGGAGCGCUUGGAAUGGAGGACGCCUGGUUUAUUUCUUACAAAUGUCUCCAAACUUUCUUCGUUACCAUCAACACCACCACACCAAGAACAAUGCCAUCGCUCUAUUACACUACUUGUAACCCUCUCCAGUUCACCCUAUUUCAGUUAUCUGAACAUUUUGGAUAAUGAUUGAUCGCUAUGGUAUGUUUGAUAAUUUAUUAAUUUCUUAUAAAAAGCAAAACGAACGAAAACAAGAUAUUCCGUAAAGCAUUAAAAAAAAACGAAAAACAAAAAUUAACAGGAACUUAAAUUCUGUUAUUCAUCGAGAAUUGGAUUCUUUAAGUUUGUUUAUGUAUAAAUAUUCAUGGCAACAACGCCUCUUCGAUAAUUCCAGGCUUGAAAACCAAAUUAUUUCCGCCUUUUGUCUUUUUCUUCUUUACUUCCUAAGAUACGAAGAAAACUUUGUUUUUUUUUUUUCACACGAAUAUGGAACAUUCAUAUUUCCGUAAUUCUGGACAAAUCCUUCUGCCGGUCCAUUAAAAUAAAGUUAUUAGCAAUAUACUGAAGAGGCGAUUUAGUUGAUUUAAAUCUCGUCUUUUCUUUAAUCUGUUCGUUUUGUACCGAAUCCAACGACAACAAAACAAAUAAGUGGAAAGUUAAUGUUUACAUCUUAACUAGCGCUGUAUUGCGUCUACGAAACUGCGAUGCUCGGAUUCGUUCGAACACAGGUUUUAAUCAUUUCUUUUCAUUUAUUCUUCGUUUAUAACCCUUGACACAGCGUAGGCAUGGAACUCAUUUUAAUCUAAAAUCCAUUGUGUUUCGAAAAUCCCCCGGCCUUUUGCCGAAAUCCUUGAUGCACAACUUAUGCUGCGUCAAGAAACAUCAACAUUCAAAGUAUCAAUAAAAUAUUCGGGUUCCACAUAAUAUUUGAAACAUAUUCUUUUAUAAUUCUAUACGACUUAUGUAUUCACUCCAGCAUGGCCGAAACCUAUUAACAAAAGUAAUAUAUUUGAAAAGAUUGUUAUUACUAUCUUAAUUUUACAAGAUGCCAUCUAUUAAAACUGAUCAUGGUCAGCUAGCCAUUCAAGUGGUUAGAGAAUCUCGUGGUAGAACUUCUCAUGGUAAUAAAAAAACUUCAAAAAAUGCACCUCAGGCACUAACUGGCAAAAAGAAUCCAAAAUCGAAAGGACAUUCCCAUAAAGGUACGGAACAACAUUUGUUCCUGAGCAAUGAUAAUGGAUGUAACUUCGACCUUAGUUCAGCAUCGUCCCGUUCUACAAAAUCAGCUUUUGCAAGACUUGGUACUCAAUCAGUUAUAACACAGGUUAGCAGAAGUUUAACCAAAGUUCCAUAUACAUCGACUAGUAAAGUUUCGUGUCAUUCUCUGUGUAAUGGUAUGAGAAAGCAUGUUAUUGUUGAAAAACACAGUCCACUCAGAAAAUCAGUUUCGAAACGGAUUUCGCCGUCUUUCCCAAAGCCUGCUGAUCUUGGUAGUUUAGAGAAUAUCUCUGUGUUCAAAGAAAACUUCCAUUCAGUUAAUAAUCCAGAAAUAUCUGUUCCAUCAGUGCAACACAAACAACCUGAAAUAAUUACCGUUAUUACAAAAGAGCCUGAAAGUUUUGAGCUACAAUUGCAACAUAAUUUUGAAGAGGAAAUGCUUCCUGCUUUGAAUUUGGAUCAGCUUGAUAACCAUUUUACUGAGGAAGUGGAACCUGAAUGUUGCUAUAAUACAGAAGAGGAAAACACCGUUGAUCCUCAAAACCAAAUUCCUGAAAAAGUAUUUGCAAAUGCGUUAGAUUUAGAAGUAAUUAAUUUGGAUUUACCAAAUGAUAUUUCUGCUGGUAAAACGUCCCCUGUUGAAGACGAAGCAGCUGUAGAGCAAUUGGAAGAUAAAUCAGUUAGAGAAGAUGAAAUUUCUGCUGUCAGACAGAAAGAAAGCACAAAUCUAGAUAAGAAACCAGAGCAAGAAGACUGCUGUCCUUGUCGUGGAACUGCUUCAGUGCAAAAAACACUCAGCACUGUUGCUGCGGCCACUGCCGCUGCGUUUUCAGCUCAUCCUUUAUUGGCAUCACAUAACAGAUUAGAGGUUCAGUUGAUGACUCUAUUGGAUAAGAUGAAUUCUUUAGAACAACAAAUAUUUCUACAGAAACAUGAAAUGGAGAAGGAAGGAAAGCUCCAGAAGUUGGAGAAUCAACUUAGCCAAGUAACAAAGGAUCGGAUGAAUUCUUUAGAACUUUUACAACAGCAGAUGUUUGGUAUGCAAGCCAACUUUCUAAAUGUCGCAAAAAGUUUUGAGAACAUGUUUGGUCAGGUUCCCGACAAUAUUCAACAAAAAAUUAAUGAGGAUGAAGAGAAAACGGAACCAUUACAUUACAGAUCUCAAAAUGUGCAACAUUCAAAAAAUGAUAUUGAAAAGUCUAAAGAACCUGAUUCUUUAGAAUCACUAGAUUUGUCUAUUAAUACAGAUAAAGAUGUAAGAAGUUUCCCUAAACCCCUUUCUGUAGCUCCCGAAGAUAAACAUGCUAAAAAUCCCAAAAAGGAACAUCAUAUUGAAAAGUCGUCAUCAAAAAGUGCAUCGAGAAGUCAUUCUAAAGAUACAUCUGCUCCUUGCAUAAAACCAAAAGUAAAUUCAAAUAAUCCUCUCAGCACAGCCCAUAAGGCAUCGAAUGUAAAGACAAACAUUGUGAAUGGCAAGGAAAGCAAAUCUACUUCGAAACCAAACAAAACUGUGAGUUCGGUGAAUUCCACAUCCAAAUUCCAGAAUUCUAGAUCCAAUAGAAACAAGAAAUAUCAAUCGAAUGUAGAAGAAGAAAAACUUGUUAUUAAAGAAAUUAACAGAAAUAUACAGAAACCAACAUCUGUAACUGAGAAACAAUCUGCUAAAGAGCUCCCUUUGAAAUACUCUUACCUUAAAACUUUUUCCUCUAAUCCUUAUUCUAAGGAACCGUAUGCAGUCCGAGAAACUUCCAAAGCUAAACGCAUUCCUAAGAAACAGUCUCCUCCUGCACCAGCAAUUCUGAACACUAGUUAUGUUAUUUCUUCUUCUCCCGAUUUACAGCACGAUGAAAAGGAGUUUAAUAGAAUUGAAAAUCAAAAUAGUAAUUCUAAGAAAUGGUUUACUUCUUUACAGUCAGUAGCUCCACUCGAGAAAUAUCUUCUAGACUCACCUCUCAAGACUCAACUUUUCACAUCAGAUAAAAUUUAUGCUGACCUAAAACCAAUUACUCCUUCAGCUGAACUUGUUGCUGGGCAAGAAAUUCUUUUACGUGCUCAGACUAGUCGGAUGUUUCUGGAAGAAAACUUAAAGAAUUUAGAACGAGAUUACAAGAAGGAUGCUGUUUAUAAUAUUGUGGAUAAUCUUUAUGAAAACAGCCCUGCAUCUCAAACUUAUCAAAUGAAACGAAAAGUUGACCAAUGUAUUGCCAAAAUGCAGAUAGAUAUUCAGAAAGAACUCUCAAUGGAAGAAGCCACUUCCAAAAAACUUUCUUGCUCAAAUCCUGCUACCAAAGUGAAUAAAUUAACGAAGAAAAAAGACUCUGAAGAUUUAAGUGGUUCCAGACAGAAACAACCAAAAGUUAUUGUUAAAACAAAAGAAAAAGCCCCACAAAGUUCAAGUAAAGCCAUAAAUGUCAUGUACCAAGAUCAAGAAUAUCUUACGCAAGUAUUUGGUAAAGCGACUUACCAAAAUAAAAGAACUACUGUUCGAGAGCCUUACUUACACAUCAGAAAUAAACCACAGACAAAAGUAACCCAACCAAAAGCUAUGGUGGAUGUUAAAGGAAUACAAAAGAAAUCUACCAAAGUUCAAACAGUGGAAGAAGUAAAGAAAACUGUUGAGAAAGGUACUGGAAUCGUGGCUGAUGACCAAAAAUAUUUCUUUGCUAGCAAACCUAGUAAUAAUUCUAACUAUUUACAGAAUUCAAGUUUGGUACCAGGCCAUUUAGGUUAUAUGGCUGUAUCCUUAAGAGAGCCUAGAAUGGACUCUGGAUUAACUCAUGCCGUUACAGUGAGGCCUGGUAGUUCUGUAGUUGUUGCUCCCCAGGACCAGCCUAAAGUUGUUCCUGCUGAAAAUGUUGUCCUCUGUACUGUUCCUUUUGUAAAUGAAGCAAAACCUGCAAAGAAAACCGUAUUGAGUAAGCAGGACUUACCAUCUGUCGAUAUUGUUGGAGAAAUGACCAAAGACAAGGCUGUAAAGAAUGUGAAGUUUACUACAGACAGUCAAGAUAAAAAUGUUCUGAAUACAUCUUUUGAGAAAUCGGUUACGAUUGCUGAAAGCACUGAUAAUGAAGAGGAGAUACCCUGUGAGAGAUUCAGUGAUGGUUCUGAUAUUGUUGAAGCAGAAAAUGAUGUUGAGGUAGUUGUUGUCGAGUCUAAAACCAAAGAAGCCAGUGAAUCAUUAGCUGAUAAUAAUAACAGCAGUCGGGUGUUGCCACAGCAGUUAGAAUUAUUAACUGGCUUAACAUCAGAACUAAUAUUAACUAAAAACCAUAAAAUAGCAGCUACAUUAGCAACAUCUCAAAGAAUGCCUAUUGAUGCUGAAUCAAUUCAACAAGAAGAAGAUCUAAAUGAAAUUAUUCAGUUAGUGGAACAAGAAAUUUUGUCACAGAUAAUCUCCAGCGACCAAGUAACACCUAAUUCUGCAGUUGCUUAUUUGAAGAAGAGCUUUUCAGCAGAAAAUAAUGGUGACAAAGAAUGUAUCCCUAAAAUAAAAGCUUCAGUCUCUGAGGAUUCUUUGAUACUAUCCCAACUGAUUGAGGAAAUUCUUGCUGAUAAAGUUGGCACAAUCUUAGCAAAUGACUAUGCUUUAAGCAUACCGACUUCAGACAAAUCUCCCAAACCAACUUCAUCUAAUCAAUUUGAAAAAGGUGAAAUUUGUCAAACAAAGCCAAACGAAUUUUCCUCAUUGAAACAAGAUGCAGUUUGUCAAACAAGUUUAUUAUUAAACGAGUUAGUUUUGGAAGAUAAAAAUUCACAUUUUACUGAUAAAACGCCUGGAAGUGCAGUUAUUUCUCAGCCUCUGCAGCCUACUUCUAUCAAAGAAUCAGUUCUUGUAGACACUGCCAUUCCUCAGGAGUCUGAAACCAUGAUAAAUGAAGAUGGUAGCAACUUAUUAAUAAAUGAAGCUGCAAGCUACUCCGCUAAUGAAAUCAAUUUAUUAAAUUUAAAUAAAAAUUCUGUAGAACAAGGAGAGAAAACUGAUGUACAAGAAACUACAACUGGUGAAAAUCCAGAUGAAGUUCCAAUGAAAAGUUAUCAUCCAAAUUUUGCCAAAGAUUCUAACAAAGACGCAGCAAAAGACUCAACUGGAAAUAUAGUGCAGCCUAUUAACAUUUCUGUAAUAACCCACUCUGAUGAUGGUGCAGUGCAAGAUACAAAUGCAGUCUCAAUGCAAAGUUCAAAAAGCCCUGUACAACCGUUCAGUAGUUUUGUAAUGCAACCAUCAACAAGUAAAUUACAAGACACAAAUGCACCAGCAAUGCAACGCUGUAUAAGUGUCGUGGCACAAGAUGCCGUAAACGUUUUGGGUAGUAUUACAAGACGGCAGUCUGAGGCAGAACGUGUCGAAGAGGUACAAAGGAGAAGAAGGGAAGCAACUCUUGCUAAAUUGCGGAUUGACAAAAUGGAAUCUAUCUAUAUUCCGCCAGACACUCGUGUCCGGUCUCCUGUUAGACACGUUAAAUUGGUCGAAAUAACUUCGAAAUCUUUGAACGAAACAAACACCGAAGAGAAAGAUCAAUUUAUAACGCCAUCAUUACCGUCACAAUUUCCUCCAUCGCAAUCACCGACGCAGUUUCUACCAUCACAGUCAUCACCAUCACCUCCACCACCACAACAACCAGCAUCACAAUUACUACUACAACCUCCGAAGCCUCACAGAACAACAUCAACAACAUCACAAACAACAUCGUCAUUGCAAUUUUCAUCUUCACACACAACAACCCCACCUCCAUCUUCUAUUGCUCACUUCCAAACUUCUGGGGCAGGAAAAGGCCCCAGCAGAUCUCUCUUCUCACCUGAGAACCCUGAUUCCCCUGAGAAAAUUACUGACGAACAAGUAAAAGAGCUUGGAGAAAAUUUCACAGUUGCUUCACUUGAAGGACUAAAUUUGGCGCCUAAAUUUGAUGCUGACAAUGACAACGAUGUAGAAGAAAUUCUUGGAACAGACAAUGAGGUUGCAACUGAUUCUUCACCUUUAUCUGACAAGGUGAGCAGUGAGUCACUGUCAUCAGGGAGCAGUAGUAGCAAUACUGCACUUGAGAGUCUCUCUGAUGGCCAGUGGCUGCUGAGUCAGAGUGAAGGACAAGCAGCGCUGUAUAUGGUCAGUGAUGGUGUCUACAAACGUAUUCUUGCUGAUGUCAGCAACCCCAGCACAUUGAAGGACUCAAACGAGUUAACUCGUGAUGACACAGCUGAUAUCACUUACAGCGAUGGAGAAUUUGUUCUCCAGCAGCGAGUUCCACCUGAGAAAGAUCCACUCUUACAACUCAUUUUGAAGAUGAGGAAGACCCCUUUGAAUCCACCUCACAGUCCUGAAAUGAUCCCAGGCAAUACUGAUGCUAAUGCAGAGGGUCAAAGAAGUCCCGGAGAAUGGGCAUUGUCCAGUUCAGAAAUUGGUCAAGCCACUUUCGAGACAUCUUCUGAUUAUGCUGCAGCAGCCUCAACAAACGUGAAGCCUGACAAUUCCAAUAAAAUGGCUAAAACAGUUUUACCUCAGCAAUCUUCUUCUAGACAAUCGCAUAUAUAUUCUAGUGAUAAAAGCAAAACAAAUUCUCGAGUGAUCUUUGUUGGGUUGACCCCUGAUGAAGAUGCUACGGCAGAAUUAGGAUUGGAAAUCCAACAAGACCAAACUCCUGUGGUACCAAAUUUGUUGCAGAAUGGGUCAUUUCAACCAAAGGCUCCUAUCACAACUGCUGGUUACCUGUUGCCUUCACAACAGAGUUUUAUGCAACCCACUGAUCUGAUUGGGUCCAAAUCUGUUCGUUUCAGCCAAUACAGAGGGAUUGAUCCUGUUGUUUCUGACAAUGCUUUAUACAAUGAAAGCCAAUAUGUUGAUGCGUCUGUAGAGUCAGAUGUUCAUAAUACGCUGCUUGGUGAUGGCGAUGACAUAAAAGACGCUCAGAGUCUGCCACGACCUCCACUUAUACCUCAUAGAAUACCGGUAACGAUUCCGAGUCCAGGAGAAAUCUGGGAUGAUGAAGACAUAGAAGAAAUAUCAUUUCAGGAUGGUAUAUGAGACUUUUUUUUCACUGUUUCAGAAUUUGUUUUCCAUUUUUUGAUCAGAAUGCUGCAGCAUAUUAACUGUGAGGUUAAACUGCUGACUGGUUCAAACUUGACCGUUACAGAUAUUCAUCUCUAAACCUCUCUGAGUUCAAUAACAUAACACUGCUUGCAUCAUUCUACAUAUACCUCUCCUGGUUCACAACUGAAUGCUUAGCAGACAGAAAAGGUGUGUCUAUCAAGAUACUGACAAAUGCCUCAAAAAACAACCCAAUACCAGCAUCUACAAAAGUAAAUAAACAGCUCAGCCACGUGAGGAUGACAACACUGUGAAUGGAAAAACAGCCAGUUUCAUUCAUUUGAUGAGUUGUUAAUGUGAAAUAACGAAAUGAUCUAACUGCAAGUAUUCUGUAUUGCUGGAUAUAUUUAAAAAUUCUUUUUUUAUUUUUAUUAUUAUUAUUAUUUUGUGGGUUUAUAUCGAUAAAAUAAAUACCAGUUGAAUAUUGGGAUUGAUGUAAUUGGCUUACACCUUCCCUUAAAAUUGCUGGUCUUGUACCAAAAUUUCAAGCCAUUAUUAUUAUUAUUAUUAUUAUUAUUAUUAUUAUUACUCCUACUACUACUACUACUACUACUACUAUUAUUAUUAUUAUUAUUAUUAUUAUUAUUAUUAUUAUUUAAGGCAGCGAGCUGGCAGAAUUGUUAGCACAUUGGGCAAAAUGCUUAGCAGUAUUUUGUCAGCUGCCAUAUUCUGAGUUCAAAUUCUGCCGAGCUCGACUUUGCCUUUCAUCCUUUCGGGGUCGAUAAAUUGAGUACCAGUUGAACACUGGGUCGAUGUAAUCGACACAUUCCCUCCCCCAAACUGGCUGCUUCUUGCAGAAAAAUUUUAAAUCAUUAUUAUUAUUAUUAUUAUUAUUCAAGGAAAAAAUAGUGCCUGUAACCUUUAAUGGUUCUUCAAAACUGCUGAGAUCAAUGUGUUUGAUAUUUGAUUUGAACAUUUGUACAUAAAAAGAAACUUCCUGGAGUAAGAUUACAGUAACAAAGAGCAGAACACUACUGUCCAUGAUUGGAUGAUUAUUAGAAGAAAAAAAAAACAUAUGAAUUGACAGAACUAGCAGAGCAUUAGAUUGGAUAUCUUUGCAGUAUUAAGCCUCUUUCAUCUACUUUCUGAGUUC